AUGCUUUCUUCUUCUAUUAAACAAGCCCUGAGGCGCAUAUCACCCACCCAGUCGGCACGAUUGCAUACUUCGAGAACGCUAUUCUCGCCGCUUACCCCUCUUACUUGCGUUAAACACCCUGAGCUCAAGAGAAGCUCAGUGUAUAAAGAGUUACAAGAGGAAGAUGUAGACUACUUUAGAACAGUCCUUUCACCUAACAAUAUCCUUUACCACCCUCAACCUGAAACACCAGAACAAUCCAUCCUUGCCCACCACAAUGUGGACUGGUUCAAUCUCUACCGUGGUACCUCUUCGCUAUGUCUAUUUCCCACAAGUACCGACCAAGUGUCUCGUAUCUUGCGCUAUUGCAACGAUAACCAGCUUGCUGUUGUACCUCAAGGAGGAAAUACUGGAGUUAGUGGAGGUGCCGUUCCUGUGUUUGAUGAAAUCAUUGUCAACAUGUCCAAGAUGAACACCGUCCGGUCUUUCGACAGUAUUUCUGGAGUAGCUGUUGUAGAUGCUGGUGUCAUUCUUGAAGUUCUUGAUCAGUAUCUCGAACCCAAGGGACACAUGGUACCCCUAGAUCUCGGUGCUAAGGGAUCCUGUCAGCUGGGCGGAAACGUGAGUACUAAUGCAGGCGGCUUACGUUUGAUGCGUUAUGGAAAUCUUCAUGGAAAUGUUCUAGGUCUUGAAGUCGUAUUGGCUGACGGCACUAUUCUCCACAACCUCUCGACACUCCGCAAGGAUAAUACCGGGUAUGAUUUGAAGCAGAUGUUUAUUGGUGCCGAGGGAACUCUUGGAUUAGUAACUGGUGUUGCCCUGUCCACUCCAAGACGUGCAAAGUCCACACAUGUAGCCAUGGUUGGUUUAACUUCAUUUGAGCACGUUCAAAAGGCAUUUGUGAUGGCCAAAGAAGAUCUGUCUGAGAUUUUGUCGGCUUUUGAAUUCUGGGAUCAUGAUUCAGUUGGUAUGGUCAAGCAAGAGAUGAUGCAAGACACAGCUUACCCGAUCCAAGGCAAACAUGCUUUCUAUGCCUUGCUCGAAACUCAAGGAAGUCGUGAUGAGCAUGACGAGGAAAAACUCAAUGAUUAUCUUGAACGUCUAAUGGAGAGCGAUAUCGCAGCGGAUGGUGUGAUUGCUCAAGAUAAUACGCAAGUAAAGACCCUGUGGAGUUGGAGAGAAAAGAUUCCUGAGUCAAUGGCUAAAGCAGGAGUGGCUAUGACUUACGAUGUAUCCAUGGAGGUUCCUCUUCUGUACAAAAUGGUUGAAGAUGCUAAAAAGCACUUUGGUGAAAAAGGCUUGCUGGGCCCUGGAAAAUUAUAUUCAAACUUGCUAGGCUUUGGCCACGUCGGAGAUGGAAACUUGCAUAUCAUGGCCAACGUGAACAACUUUGGCCAUAAAGCCCAGGCUGACAUGGAUGAAUUUGUGUUCAAGUGGGCUAUUAAGCACAAUGGAUCAAUUACAGCAGAACAUGGAGUUGGUAUUUCGAAAGUGGGCUACAUGAAUGAUUGCAAGUCAGACAUACAACUGAGCUUAAUGCGCGCUAUAAAGACUGUAUUGGAUCCAAAGGGAAUCAUGAACCCUUACAAGGUCAUCCCCGAAAAGAGCAACAAACAGUAGCUUAUGAACACAUGGUACCCAAAAAACAUACAAAUUAUAUUUUCUUAAUAGAAUAGCUAAAUAAAUGAAUCGAUCAAAAGGCUAUAUGUCUGUCUUAUUCAGAAGGAAGCCAAAUACACCGGAAGUUUCCAACAACCAACGAGUCUUUUAAGAAUAAGAAUUAGGAAUAGUAAUAAUAAUGGCCUUUCUCAUCAUCAC